GUUCUUGCAUGAAGUUAACUCGAACUAUCAGUGAAUAUCAGUUUGGAGAAAUUUCGCUAGAUGGAGUUGUGUUCGGUCGCUUCUGCGUAAAAACCUUCAACCCUAAAAGCUCAAAAGUUGACUCAUUUGCUUUUUUCAACAAGAGUUACUAAUGUUUUCUAAAUCAUAAUUUUCUUUGUAAUUCAUAAUCAAUUAUUUAUUAUUAUUAUUUUUUAUUAUUUAUUUCUUUUUUAAUUGACUUAAUGUAAGUUCAAAGUCUCAAAUGAAAUUACCGGUGCGAUUUUGUCUUUAUUAAAAUGCCUCGAAAUAUUGAUGAUCAAUCCAAAUCAUUUGUUUCACUUAACUCACCAAGAAGAGUUCAUGGUAGUCUUGUGGAAACAUCUCCUUCUAUGGUUACACGGAGUCACUGUUCAGGGGAAUGCCCCAGCAAUGCAUUAGCUGGAUCUGGUAAGAGGCGGACCCGCGCAACUGGAUCGGUUAAUCUUCAUGAGCAUCUUCACCAUCAUGACCAUGACCAUCAUCAUCACCAUCACCACAAAGAUUCAUUUUUGGUUGAUCCUAAGCUUAGCUUGGCUGAAAUCUCUGAGGAUGAGAUUGAACAGCGAGUGUUCAAAAGAUCAGCUGACGAUGAUAGUUCGGAUGAAGAGAUUACCUUGAUCAGACGAACAACAAAUAAAAUCAUGACUACCAUUGAGAAUUCUAGUCGUAAAAUGAAUUCUGUUCAUUCUAGUUGCUCCAAAUAUGCCUUUCUUACAAUUUUCCUGCCAAUCUUAGUUUUCCUUUUCUCAUGGUACUAUUAUGAUUACUCCCCGAGAGUUUUCCCCUAUCAACAACAAUCAUCUCAAGGCGCUCUUCUACCAGUAUCUUCAGCGUCACCAUCACAUGGUCAGCCAAUACCUUUUUCAUCGGGCCAAUCAUCAUUUAAUAGUCAAUCAUUUUGCAAUUCAACUGCAUCUUGUCCAUCUUCGGAAGAAAUUGCCAUCUUAAAUAAACGUUUAGACAGACUGGAACAACUAGUCUUUAAAUUGACUGAGGAAAUUACAAACAGCACCAAGUAUAUCAAUACAAUCGACGAAAAGGUUCAGAAGCUUGGUGUUGAUAAUCGUAAAAGUUUUGAUUCUGUGGAAGAAAAAUUUGUUAAAGUUUCUCAAAAAAUUCAAGAAGCAGUUGAAGUAAACAAACAAAUCACUAAAAAUAAAGAAACAGCUUCUGUAGAAGAAAUCGAAGGAAUGAUCAAACAAGCCAUAUAUUUAUACGAUUCUGAUAAAACAGGAAAAGCCGAUUAUGCGUUGGAAUCUUCAGGUGGAUCCAUUGUGACAUCAAGAUGCUCUGAGACUUACGAUCCAUACGGAAUUAAAUACAGUGUUUGGGGAAUUCCUAUUUGGUAUACAUCCAAUUCCCCAAGAACAGUGAUUCAAGCUUCCAUGAUUCCUGGUGAAUGUUGGGCUUUUCCAGGCUCAAUGGGCAAUGUAACCAUUAAAUUGUCAGCUCGAAUUAUUCCAACCGAAUUCUCUUAUGAACAUAUCAACAAAGAAAUUUCUCGAGAUGGAAACAUUAAAUCAGCACCAAAAGUUUUGCAAAUUCGCGGAUUGAAGGACGAAAAUGAUCAUGAAGGAGUUUUACUCGGAAAUUAUGUUUAUCUCGACAAUGAUAAUCCUCUUCAACACUUUGAAGUUCAAGUCAACAAAGGUCGUCCAUUCAAUUACAUCACCUUUAUAAUCCUUAAUAAUCAUGGUCAUCCAGAUUAUACCUGCCUGUACCGGUUCCGUGUUCAUGGACGCAAAGUAUAAUAUCAUGAUAUGAAAAAAAGCACCUAUGCAAUCACGAUUUUUUUUCUUCAAGAAGUGCUCAAAAUUAACUUGAAAGAAAUUCUAAUUUCUUAGAUAUCAUCAUGUUCAAUGAAGCUCUCUUUUUCAUACGCACUUAUCUCACCCUUUUGAGGCACUGUCAUAUAUUUUCAAAAUUUAUUACUAUUAUUAUUAUUAUUAAAUGUUUAUACGAAAACUAUUUUCUAACCAGAAUAACAGUCACCAAAACAAUAAUGUAAAAAACCUCUAUUUCUUAUCAAAUUUAUUUCUAUUGUUUAAUUCAUCAGCAGACUAUCAUCAAAAACAUCUGAUAUUAAUUGGCAUCCUGGUUUGUCAGAAAAAUUGAUAAAAACGUUUUAUUUCUGGAUUGAAACGGGAACAAAUUUGUUAUCAAACCUCGAACGUGUCUCACAAAUUGUUGAAAUCAACUCUUAAUAUGAUUCAAUCCAAUCGCAAAUUUCGAGAUUAUUUAUAUUUAUAAUAAAUACAACAAUAAAUACUUA